UUCGCUGGAGGUGUCUCUUUGCUUUCACUCAGCGUCACGUGAGUGACUCGCGCUCCGAGCGACUCAUCGACGCGUCAACCGUUGCGCAAUUGCUCUCCACACCUUUGCAAAGCGAGAACAUGCUUGCCUCGACCUAAGUCCAGUCGUUGCUAAGCCUGCUAUUCUAUGGCAAUGGUAUUUUCCAGAGCAUUUUGGAGAGGUAUUUGAGGUUGUUCGCCUCCUUUUCAUUCUAGUAAUCCCACAAUUCUCGAGGACUGGCUCCCUGAGACCCUCAGCCCCAAUGCAAGCCCACCGUGUCUUCUCUGAGAGUAUUUCACGGCUCAUAUGGGCUUGUCUGCUCUUCUUCGCCUUAGUAUCCAUGAACGCACCUUACCUGGUACGUGCCGGGCGAGUGGUCCCGCGAGCUCGCCUGACAGACCUUACGGAACAUGCCUCACCGUCAGGUACCAAGCCCGGGAUCACGUCAUGGUCCUCCUCCUCUUCGGCGGCCAGUUCUCCUUCUUCCUCUCCCAAGCGUCCCAAUCAAAUUCCGCUCGGCAAACCUUCCGGAAAAGUGACUUCCUCAAUCACCAAGAUUCCUCCCGGCACAGGCGCCUGGACUAGCGAUCCGACUCUCGCAGACAAGGUAUUUAGGACCAAUUCUGCCCAAUUCCGGGACAUGAUGACGCACGGCAUCGCCAUGACACCCGUCAGAACUGCACCGGUGUCGAAGAAGGGCAAAGAGAUCAUCCAAGGACCUCCUCCCCCCUCUUCGCCUCCGAUGACUUGGAAGCAAAGGCAACAAAUGAUGUCAGCAGCAGCAGCAGCGGCGGCACGUAGGCCUGUACUGCCGCUGGAGCAACUCAAGAAACAGCGCAAUCCUCGUGGCCCAGCGAGCGGUACGCGCAACAGAGUCAUUGCGGAUUGUGCUCAGAGCGUUGGUUCGGGAGUCGGAAGUUUGUGGAGAGCAAUUGCGGGGUGUUUCAAGGGCAGUGGCAAGAGGAAGUUAGGUCGUCGAUACCAGGCUGUUGCUCGGCAGUGGAGCCCCUGAGUUACCUCUCUCCUUUGCCCGCAAUGAAGCAGUGCUUUGCCUCCUCGCACUCACCUGAGAGCUUCAUCAAAUCGAGUUCAAAAACAACUUGCAGCUUC